AUGUGCAUCAUGAUGAAGGAUAGCCAGACAAAGAAGCACGAGCAAAAACACACACAGAUACAAUUAAACCACACAAACCUAGAAACAACUGCCUGCCCACUGACAGAUGUGACUCAAUUUUACGAGUUCACCGAUUACCAAUCCAACACUCUUUCUAGCCAACCUUUUGUUCUGGACCCCGAAACUCCGACCUCGGAGAUGAUUUUAUUACAUUUUUCAAACGCCACACACACCGUGGAUUUAGUUCAGUUGGAGUUCGCUGUAUCCAACGCGGCAAACAUAACAAUGGUACUGGCUAUGGGAGUCGACAUCACCUUUCAAUCCAGCGAUCUAUAUGCCGCCUUCAACGACAACACAAAAUCGGCCGUUUACAUUUCAAAUGGCAAUUUUUCUUUCAACAAUGUAGACAUACUGUUCAAACUUGUUACAGUUGGAAGUCAAGUCAUUGUCGACAAACUAAAAAUUCUCACUUGUCUAACAUCUGUCCGUCCAGUUUUCUGA